AUGGUCCUAUGGCAUCCCCCUGAUGCCCCUUGGGUGAAGCUAAACACUGACAGUGCCUUCUGUACAUCGACAAUGGAUGCGGGGGAGGGAGGAUUGGUUCGAGGCUCUGAUGGAGGACUUCUGCGUGCCUUCUGUGCUCCGAUAGCCGCAUCAUCGAGCUUUGAGGCGGAGCUGUUGGCUCUGAUUCGGGGGUUCGAGAUGACUAUGGAGCUUUCGACACACAUCUGGAUUGAGCUUGACUCAGCGGCUUUGGUUACCUUGUUGUCAUCUGAACAGCUUGGCGCUGCGGAGUUCAGACAUCACAUGGCUUUGAUCCGGAGUAUGACUUCUCAGCGGCAUGUUCGGUUCUCUCACAUCUACAGAGAAGGGAACCGAGCUGCUGAUUUUCUUGCAGGUAGGGGGAUUCAGACUCCUGCCCUUACUUACUAUGAUCCAAUCUCUGCGCCUCGGUUUCUGAAGGCGCUGGUUAGGAUGGACCAGCUGGGAUAUCCUAACUUCCGUUUCCAACGUAGAGAUGUGGGUGGUUGA